CAGGCCUCGCCUUCAACGCCGCCCCGGCGGUUAGAUCCUGGGAAUCCAGGCACCCAGUCAGCGGGUUUCUCGGGGCUCCUCCUACCGCUACCAGGACGAGCCCGCUUUGCGGGUCUCCGAGUAGCGCAGGCGCCUUCCAGCCUCUGCGCUUGCGCACUCGGCGACCUCCCGCCCGCACCAUGAAGGUACUCCGGCGGGCUUGGCGGCACCGGGUGGUGCUGGCCCUGAGCGGUCUGGCGUUUUGCAGCACCACGCUGUUGUAUUUGGCGCGCUGUGCAUCCGAGGGCGAGACGCCCGCAGCCGCCGGAGCCACUCAGCCCCGCGCUAAGGCCUUCCUGGCGGUGUUAGUGGCUAGUGCGCCCCGCGCGGUGGAGCGUCGCAGCGCAGUGCGCAGCACGUGGCUGGCACAGGGGAGGCGCGGCGGCCCCAAGGACGUGUGGGCGCGCUUUGCUGUGGGCACCAGCGGCCUGGGCGCAGAGGAGCGGCGCACGCUGGAGCUCGAGCAAGCCCAGCACGGGGACCUGCUGCUGCUGCCCUCCCUGCGCGACGCCUACGAGAACCUAACGGCCAAGGUCCUGGCCAUGUUGACUUGGCUGGACGAGCACGUAGACUUCGAGUUCGUGCUCAAGGCGGAUGACGACUCCUUUGCGCGCCUGGACGCUCUACUGGCAGAGCUACGCGCACGUGAGCCUGCACGCCGCCGUCGCCUCUACUGGGGCUUCUUUUCUGGGCGCGGGCGAGUCAAGCCCGGAGGUCGCUGGCGAGAAGCUGCCUGGCAGCUCUGCGACUACUACCUGCCUUAUGCCCUGGGCGGUGGAUACAUCCUCUCUUCGGACCUGGUGCAUUACCUGCGCCUCAGCCGGGAAUACCUGCGUGCAUGGCACAGUGAAGAUGUAUCGCUGGGUGCCUGGCUAGCACCUGUGGAUGUGCAGCGGGAACACGACCCGCGCUUCGACACAGAGUACAAAUCACGGGGCUGCAGCAAUCAAUACCUGGUGACACACAAACAGAGCCCGGAGGACAUGCUGGAGAAGCAACAGAUGCUGCUUCAUGAGGGCCGACUGUGCAAGCAAGAGGUGCAAUUGCGCCUCUCCUAUGUUUAUGAUUGGUCAGCGCCACCCUCCCAGUGCUGCCAGCGCAAGGAGGGCAUUCCCUGAUGUCAUUGCAUGUGCUAGGGCCUCUCCGGACCCAGGUCAAGCUGCCUGGACAAUCUGACCCAUUGUCUGGGGUGAACCUGGUUUAUACAAUUACUGUUGAGGUCUUGGAGCCUCAGUUCACUGAUGGCCAGAGGCAGCUAACAACAUCUAGUCCGUUCCGUGGAGGGUGUGCUCAUUUGUGGUCUCAUGUAAGGCCUGCCCAGGGGCAUCUCGUAUGGGUUUGUACAUUGUAUCUGCAUCCCACACACACCUCCAGCCAGUGUAAUGCCACCUAUCAGUCAUCUGGGGAGUGAGGGCAGGAGGCCUUCUCCCUUGAUAUUGCAUUCCGUCCCUAAUUGGCGCUGUGCAGCUCACUGCCCAUCUUGAAUGUACUGCACAGCCCUGUACACAGACUGACCUGCAGACUGUGUUGAAUUCAUCUGUGUAUUGCCAUCCAAGUGUUAUUUGCCAAAAUUGUCAUUGUAUUGUUUGGACAAAGUUC